CAAUGCCUGUCAACAACAUCCCCGAAGAUUGGAGAAAAAUGAACGAUCCUUGCGUCGCAAUACUCAAAAAACAGGUGAAAAGUGAGCUCACCGUUGCUAUGUCGUAUCUGGCAAUGGGUGCCUAUUUCUCCCGCGACACAGUAAACCGGCCAGGAUUCAGCGAGUUCUUCCUGAAAAGUGCGAGCGAGGAGCGUGAGCAUGGCAUCAAAAUAAUGGAGUACCUCCUGAUGCGUGGUCAGCUCACUAGCGACGUAACGGAGCUGCUGACCAGAGUGCCCCGAGUGGAACGUCAUACCUGGCAUACUGGAGUCGAGGCCCUCACCGAAGCCCUGAAACUCGAGCAGGAAGUCACCGCGAGGAUUCGGCGAAUCAUCGAGACCUGCGAAUCGAAAGACUUCAACGAUUAUCACUUGGUGGACUAUCUGACAGCGGAGUUCCUGACCGAGCAGUACAAAGGCCAACGAGACCUUGCGGGAAAGAUUUCAACUCUUGGAAAAAUGACUGCAUCCCAAAAAGCGCUCGGAGAAUUUUUGUUUGAUAAGAAACUUCUCAACAAUCAGCUUUAAAAUUGCCUCGUUGCAAUCAGUAUCGAUAAUUUUUUUGGCCAAUUAUUUUCCAAUUGUUGAUUAUUCUAGCUACUUGAAAAAAAAAAAAA